UAUAUCUAUAUAAAAUAUCCCUUUUUGAAUGGCUUCUUUCAAAUCUUAAGUGACAGAACUUCUAUGACGUGGUUACUACUACUCAGUUCUUACGAACAUAGGAACAUAUGUUAAUACAUUUAAUGUAAUAGUAGAAGUAUUCAUUUGAAUAUUUUAUUGGAUUAUAAUUUUAUUACAUUUUGAAUAUAUGUGUGUAUAUGUUCGUAUUUGUAAGUAUAUAAAAGAGACAGUGACCAGUUCGUGCUUGUACUCAAACCAAAAUAUUCAGUAUUCAGAACAUUCCAUAUAUUGCUAAUUAUUAACUAUUUACUAUUUAUUAAAACAUAACAAAUAUCUUUAAAUUCGUAUCUCAAAUAUGGAAGGAAACCCAGUAAGCCCUGUAAAUAUCAGUGAUUUUGUACCUGCAUUAAAUGGAACAAUAGUAAACAAAAUUAUAACUCAUGCCUUGACAACUAUUGGUCCUCAAUUUGCACAUCAACAGAUGCGAUAUACUAAUCAAACAGUUGCUGAUAAAGUACCUCCAGAAAUGCUACAUUUAAUUGAUCCUCAUUGGUAUCAAUUUCCACCUUUGGAUCCAUUGUGGCAUAAAAUAUUGGGUUUAGUUAUGAUUGUUCUUGGAGUUUUAGGAUGGUCUGGAAAUGGUGUUGUAGUAUACGUAUUUCUGAUGACACCAUCAUUAAGAACACCUAGCAAUUUACUUGUGGUAAACUUGGCUUUCUCAGACUUUAUAAUGAUGGUUAUAAUGUCUCCACCUAUGGUAAUCAAUUGUUAUUAUGAAACUUGGAUUCUAGGAACCUUAAUGUGUGAUAUAUAUGCUAUGGUUGGUUCUCUAUGUGGAUGUGCUUCUAUAUGGACAAUGACUGCUGUUGCUUUAGAUCGAUAUAAUGUUAUAGUAAAGGGUAUGUCAGGUACACCUCUAACUAUUAAAAGAGCUUUGCUACAAAUUGUCAUUAUAUGGUUAUUUGGGUUGUUAUGGACGAUUUUACCAAUGGUAGGAUGGAAUAGGUAUGUACCAGAAGGUAAUAUGACAGCAUGUGGUACAGAUUAUCUUUCCAAAGAUUGGGGAUCAAAGUCUUAUAUAUUGGUGUAUUCAGUAUUUGUUUAUUAUCUACCAUUGUUUACCAUCAUUUAUAGUUAUUAUUUUAUUGUAUCUGCUGUAGCAGCUCAUGAAAGAGCUAUGAAAGAACAAGCAAAGAAGAUGAAUGUUGCUUCCUUAAGAUCUGGUGAUAAUCAAAAUACUAGUGCUGAAGCAAAAUUAGCAAAGGUAGCUUUAACAACAAUAUCAUUAUGGUUUAUGGCCUGGACACCAUAUUUGGUAAUAAAUUAUAUGGGUAUAUUUAAUGGGUCAAAAAUUAGUCCACUUUUUACUAUUUGGGGAUCUCUCUUUGCUAAGGCCAAUGCAAUAUAUAAUCCUAUUGUAUAUGGAAUAAGCCAUCCAAAGUAUAGAGCAGCAUUAAAAGAAAAACUACCAUUCCUUGUAUGUGGGUCAACAGAGGAACCUGCAGCAUCUGCAGGAAAUGCUGAAACAUCUUCUACUACAACGGCGAGUGGAAAAGCAUAAUUUUUCUUUAUUAUUAAUAUUCUUUAAUUUUCUUCUUAAAGUAGAACAGUAUAAAUAAACUUUUAGAAAUUUAAUAAUAUGUUAAUAUCAAAAUUUAAUAUAAUUUAUUGAUAAUUGUGUAAAAAAAGUAUUAAUUAUGAAAUAAUUACUAUUGUUAUUUCAAAAUAAAUAAUUCAGUGCAUGAUUA